AUGACGGAGUUUGCAGAGCAGAAGCCAUGUGGUAAAGAUGGAGACGCUGCCCCUAUCAAUGAUACCAUAAUUUAUGAUUCUGAGUUCUAUGACAUACCACUUAGAGAGCUGCUUCAUCCAUUUGCCUAUGAUGAAAACAAGCAGUCUGACCAAGUAGAGACAGAUAUUGGGACAGAACUACCUUCUGUAAUUCAAGAGAGUUAUUCUUCUGCACCAUUGACAGAAGAAACUGAAGAUGAGGCAUCAACGCCAAAAUUAAUUGACGGGUCUUCAGCACAGGGGUCAGGGGUUCUUGGACCCCAGACACAAGAUGGUCUUCCCACUUGCCUCUUGUGUACAUGCCUAGACACCACAGUCUACUGUGAUGAUCGUGAGCUUGAUGCUGUUCCACCAUUGCCUAAAAAAACCACAUAUUUCUAUUCACGCUAUAACAGAAUCAAGAAGAUCAGCAGAAAUGACUUUGCUAACUUAAAACAUUUAAAGAGGAUUGAUUUGACUGCAAACUUCAUAUCAGAUAUCCACAAGGAUGCCUUCCGAAGAUUGCCCCAACUUCAGGAGCUGGUGCUCUGUGACAAUAGGAUAAAGCAACUCCCUGAGUUACCAUCCACCUUAACGUUCAUUGAUGUUAGUAAGAACAGGCUCGGUCGCAGAGGGAUACCAAAUGAGGCAUUUAAAAAUCUGGAUGAACUGCAGCAUCUUUAUAUCACUGACAAUAACUUGGAUCACAUUCCAUUGCCACUCCCUGAAAGCCUCCAAGCCCUUCAUCUUCAGAACAACAACAUUCAAGAGAUGCAUGAAGAUACUUUCUGCAAAAUGAGAGAUUUUACUUAUGUGCGUAGGGCUCUCGAAGACAUCAGACUGGAUGGUAAUCCCAUCAACUUGAGCAAAACACCUUAUGCAUACAUGUGUCUACCCCGUUUGCCAGUUGGUAACCUCAUCUAA